AUGUCCUCUCCUCCGGCUCCCGCAGCAGUCUCAUCGUCUGAGCAGACUCCUCAGACAUCGCUGUCAGUUGCAGACGCAAAUACCCCAGAACAACCACUUGAGCCGGCUGCUCCCCACCAAUCUGAACAAGAACCAGUGAUCGACGAUGAUUCUGCCUUGAGCGCUGGAGUAGACUAUGCUGAUGAGCACCCAAAUACCGCUGUCAUCGGUACCGAUUUAUCCGCCGUGCAGCCAGACUGGGUGCCCCCUAAUCUAAAGUUCGAGAUCGAUGACUGCACCAAGCCCUGGACCUGGGACGCAAACACCUUUGACUUUGUGCAUAUGCGUUACUUGUUUGGUGCUAUUAGAGACUGGACCGCUCUCUUCAAAGAGGCUUACAAUGCAGUCAAGCCAGGAGGUUGGGUCGAGUCCUGCGAGUCCGAGCCCAUGACACAUAGCGACGAUGGAACCGUGACAAAUGAUGGAUCAACUGCGCUGGGAGGAACAUGGGAUAAGAUGUUUAUUGAGGGAGGCAAAGCCACAGGAUGCUCUUUGUCUGUCCUCACAGAAGAUCUCCAGAUGAAGGCUAUGAAAGAAGCUGGCUUCGUGGAUAUCCGGGAAACCUUCUACAAGGCAAACCCUAAGAUGGCGGAGAUCGGACAGUACGCGAAGCUCAGCCUGGAAUCUGACCUUGUUGGAUACUCACAAAUGAUUUGGCGUGAAGUUCUGAAGUGGCCAGCUGAAGAGUAUCAGAUUUUCCUGAUGCAGGUACGAAAGGAUCUUCGGAACAAGAAACUCCACCCUUACUUCAAAGUUCGCUUUGUCUGGGGCCGGAAGCCUGAGACCGAAAAUAAGUGA